AAGGACAUGCAUAGUUAGUGCAUUUGUCCAUGCUUAAAAAUAAUCAUUUAUAUAAUUGUUGUUUUUCUUCAAUGAUGAGUAUUUCAUUUUGAGAUCACAAGGAAAACUGAACUCGAAUUACAUAUUUCAUUAUUCAGGGUGGAUGCCAUCAAAAUAUUCAUUAAAUGCGAGAUGGGUUUCAUUCGAAUGACAGAUCUUCAAUAAAAAUGAACACAGGAAAAAAGAUGUAUUACUUGCGGAUUCAAGUCUUACUGGUCGACGGCGGGACAAUGGUUCUCAGAAAAAUCUUUGACGAGAAAGCAUCUCCUCUGGCAGCAUGUCUGAAGCAACACCAGGGAACAUUAGCGUUUCUUUCAAAGAGAAACAUCAUCAACAAACAACAAUAUUUGUUGAUCUCAUCCAAUGCCCCGACAUCAGCAAGUUUUGAUAUUUCCUUACUAUCUUGUUUACUACGGAAUAUUUGUAGGUUAAAAGGUAGCACCGAUCCAUGCUGGUCGACACCGCCGGCACCGACUGAUUUCUCCAUAGAAGCAGACCUGGUGCGUUUCAGGGCAUAUCGUAAUGAGUUUGCUCAUACAUCUUCAACAUCUGCAUUAUCAGAAAACGACUUCAACAUGAAAUGGACAGACAUAGUGCAGGUUCUGAUAAGGCUAAAUUAUCAUCUUCAAAACGGUGUACCAAAUCUUCAAUUAGAACUAGGCAAUAUGAAAACAGCCCCACUGGAUGAGGAAGCCGAUAAACGCUACCAGCAAGAGAUAGAUCAAUGGCAUCAGAUGGACAGUGCACAAACUAGAGAUAUAGAGGUUAUGUCCAGCGAAAUAAAAGAUCUUAAUACAAACAUUGAGACCCUAUCCUUAGAGAACAGGCAACAACGGGUAGAAAUGUCGGAUAAACAUGAUGAAGUUAUAAAGCAUGUUAAAAGUAUUCCCAAAAACAAACACUUCAGUUUGAGGAUGACAGCUGAACAGAAAAAUCUUUAUGAUUCAUCACAGAUGUAUUUUGAUGAUGCGAAAGGCAAAAAGAAAUAUUAUGUUAGAACCAAUAUUUACACAGAAGCCAGCAAACAACUUAAAACAUCAGGAAUAGCUAUACUUAGUGGUCACCCAGGUGAUGGAAAAACUUUAAUGGCGAAUUGUCUGUUAAUGGAAAUGGUUCAUGAAAAGAAACUCUUACGGUUAACUAGACCGGAUGAUUGGAGAUUAGUAGACUUUGAUGUGUACACUGCUGUGUUGAUUGACGAUAUAUUUGGAAAUGCUGUUCUAGACGAAAAUCUGUUAAAAAAGUGGGAAGUUUUCCUUAUUGAUAUACGUAAUGCAGCCAAUCAAAGAGAGUUGUCAUUUGUGAUAACUACUCGCCAUUAUAUUAUGCAAGAAGCAAAAGUAAAACUGCACGAUCGAGCUGAUAUGUUCAAUGGGAAAAAUGUCACCAUUCUAUUUUCUUCCAGAUUAACCCAAGAGGAGAAGUAUAAAAUUCUGCAAGCACAUCUUAUGAAAAACAAAAGGGAAAUUCAAACGAAUUCAUCCAUGUAUGAAUCCAUUGAAACACAUUGGGAAAGGGUAACCAAGACAUCAAACAAAGUUCUCACUGUUGGGUUUCCAGAAUGCGCGUCCAUGUUUGCAUCUUCAGACAUUUUGUUCGACAAAGGUAUUGAAUUCUUUUCCUCCCCUCUUGAGUUUUUUCAGAAAUGUAUUCAAGAUAUUUCCAAGGAUGAAGACGAAUUUAUGCCAUUGGUUCUUGUUUGGUUGAAGACACCAGGAAAACUUGUGAUAAACAAUUUCAAUAUUGGUGAAAACAGAAAACAAUUACAGAAGCUAGAAGAAGAAUUCGGGUAUCCAUUUCAUAAGAA